UGCAAUUUGGCGUUUUCUUAUUGGUUAUUUCUUCAGUAAUCAUGGGAUUGAACAUAUGAAUUAAAAAUUGGAAGUGUGGACUAGAUAGAGGAUUUUGUUUGUGUUUUAGAAAUUGAUUGCAAUAAAUACUAAAUAUUAGGUGUCAAGUUUAAUAUAUUCAGCUAUUAAUCACUUCAAUUCCAUCAUUCAGAGUUUAAAGAAGCCCUUAAAUUAUUGGUAUUUGAACAGACUUGACCAUUGCGUAUGGUUGGUUCUGGCAACGUAUUCUAAGAUUUUAUAGCAACAGUUUUAAUAUAUUUUUUAUACCCGUGAUAUAAAUAUGGCAGCUAAGGUACACCUGUUUAAAGUAGAAAUGACUUGUGAAGGGUGCUCAGGAGCUGUGGAAAGAGUCCUGAAUAAAUUGAAAGGCAAGGGAGUAGAAGAUGUUGAAAUUGACCUGAAAGAAAAACAGGUUGCGGUCACGUCCAGUUUGAGUUCAGAAGAAUUAUUGGAAGUCAUCAAGAAAACAGGGAAAACCACUUCGUACAUAGGAGAGAAGAGUUAAAAUCACCAAUUGGAGGCAUUUUCAUAAAUUCAUGGAUCAUUAUUGCAUCAAACAACAUUUAUGUAUUAAAAUAAAUAUACAGGAAGUUUUCAUAUACGAUUUUCAACCUUUUUAAGAGAAUAUUAAGUUUUAUUUGUAUUUUCAUAAUUUAAUGUAUAUUUUAGGUAAUCAUUGUUAAUUACUACUGCACAUUUGUAUUAUUUUUGUGAAUCCAAAUUCAACAUCAUUAAAUUAAUUAAGAACAUUAACAUUAAGAACGUUUAUUUAUGUGUAACAUAAAAAAAAUAUUUUAUGAAUGAUUAAUUUAUUUAUCUGGUGUUGCAAGAUGAAAAUAUGAGAAAUUGGUAUAUGAUUUUAUGUUACCUUGUACAAAAAUGUCUGUUGUUUUGGAUAUUCUAUCAGUAAAGCUGUCUUGUGUUAAACAUAGCAACUAUUGAAUUUACGAAUGUGUUAAUACAGAUGUUUUGAUACAACAAUGUUGUAACUUUAUACUACAAAGUUUUAAUGAAUAGAUUAUGUAUAUUAUGACCUACAUUGCUUAUAGAACAUUAUUAUACUAUAGAACAGUAUUGCUCCAUAGAUAAAAAUUGUCGUUUUUAUGUGAACAUUGUGUCAGGAGGCAUCAGCUAAGUUUACUUGCAAGGUCUAAUUGUUAUAGGUUAAUUGGACUUGGCUGUUUGUAUUAUUAUUAUGCAGCUUCAUAUUGCUGCUACUCAACCAAACUCUCAUGGAAUUCCGUAUCUCCUUACUUUGUUUAGGUCUGCAAUCAACUCUUUCCCACACACAGAACUUUAAUCGACUUCCACUGCUUUAUUGUAUAAACUGCAAUAUUUUAAACUAUUAUUGUAAUAAUGCUUUUAUUUAUUUAUAUAUUAUUUGCUCACUUAGGACAAGAAGUUGAGAAACAUCUCAUUACACUUAGUCCUAAAAGGACCUUUGUGCUAGCUGCCGGAGUGAUAGGAUAUUCAAGAUGGGUAAGGUUGGGCACUAAGAGAGCUCCACCUUUAUCGCAAUAUCUUGACAUUUGCAGUCAAUGAUAUGCCGUUCCUGGACAUCCAUAAGGGUUGUCCAAGAUAUAAGUGACACAUUGGUUUUUGCUGUACCUAGUUUAGGUUCAACUGCUGGAAGUUAUAAACCAGCUAGAAGUGAACCUUUCUUCUUGGCAUUAUUUUAGUUACUUCUGUGGAAAGCUGGGCCGGGCCAAGUCGUACGCUUAGUGACGGCGAAAUCAAUUAUGAAAUUUGUUAUGAUAUUGAUAAUUUGAGUGAAAGUAGUAAUUUACUUAAAAUUAUUUAUAUUGUUAGGAUUGAUAAAUGAGUGAGAGUUAAGGGUGUAAUGAGAGAGGGUUCAUAAUAAUUCAAUGAAAACAUCAUAUUUUAUUUAUAAUUAUUUACUUUUUACAAACCAGUCUAAGUGCAAUAUCAUUAAAUGGUUAGGUAGUUUGGAUACAAAAGAAUUUGUUUGUCAAUUAAUUAGUGAUAUGUGAGGGUCUCAAUGCAAUACCUGUAAUAAGUUUGGUUAUUGUUGAUUAUUAAUUGUUUAUUCUCUAAGCGUUUAUUGAUAUUAUUUUAAACCAACCCAGUCUUGUUUUAUAGAUUGUUCUAUUACUUUAAAGAUUCAUAAAAGGUAGUUUUAUUUAUUUGUUUGCAUAUUAAAAAGUGGCAUGCUAUGUUUGUUGAUUUUAUUUGGUUUUGCUUUAUGUAUUUUAUUCUGUGAUAAAUAUUAUAUAAUGGGGUAAUGUAAAAUCAGUUAGCUUUAUAGUUUAUUAAUUUACAUACUUCCUUUAUUGGUCGUAGCUAGUAAUUAUAAUUACUAAUAUUAAAGAGCUUUAAUUUUGAUUGUAUUUUUCUAUAAAUCUGCAUGGAUUGAUGAAGUACUGUUCAGUGAAGACUGUAUAUUUUACUGAAUUUAUUGUAUAUCAAUUGUGAUAAAAUAAAACUUAUUUAUAAACACU